AUGGAUGGAGAUUUCGAUGUCGAUUUUAAGCCAUUCCUAGAUUACAUUUCACCGGAGAAUUUGAAUAAACAAUUGAAAAACUGUGGAGUAUUCACCGGUAAUGACCAGCUUGGGUUCGAACCGUUUAUUAAAUUACUGAAUAAGGCAAUUGAUAAGAUGCGUACACUUUUGCAAACUGAAACAGAUCAUUUGGAAGCUACUUGGAUGGACGCCAAUGGUUGCUUGGACCAAAUGGAAUAUUUAGGAUCAAUUGUGACCAAUUACAAAACUCGUAUGCGCAAGCUUGAGAAACUGCGAAAUGAACUUCAACGCGUACGCAAAGAAGUGCUGUUGUUAAAACUAGAUACCACUGAACUAUAUACCCAAGCGAAAGUUCUUGCCGAGAAGAUACGACAGAAAAUAGUAAUGCAAAACAUAACUGUAGAGGCCCUGAACAGAUUUGUUACAAGACAUACUAACCUCAUGUCUAAAAUAAAAUCUAAUCUAGUUAAACUGAAUACUUACAAAUUAAAAUAUAGUCAAGACUACUUGGAUAGUACGAUGGAGACGUUUUCAGCUGAACGUCCAAAGAAUUCAACACUACUACGAAUGGAGGCUGAGUUGCGAAAGCGCACUCUGAAAGAACUAGCUAAAAACGCAGAGCGUUUUAACAAUAUGGCAUUACCAAUACUCGAGCCGAUAAGAACUCUGAAUACGUUCGAUUUAGGUACUCAGUCAGCGUCCACUCGUAGUACGAUUGUUAUUGACAAUUCGGAUGACGACGACAAUAUUUUAUAA